AAUCAGAACCAAUCAAUGCACAAAACGAGUAUGUGAGUUACCGAUUCACGAGUUGAGUUCACAGCCAACCACAAGACAUGGCUACUCCUACACAACCCCUUCCGCUUCAAGACCGAGUCGCAAUCGUCACUGGCUCCUCCCGCGGAAUCGGCCGAGAAAUUGCGCUUCACCUCGCCUCACUCGGCGCACGCCUCGUCCUCAACUACACCUCCAACUCCAACCUAGCCGAUUCAGUCGCCGCCGAAAUCAACGCCAACUCAUCUUCCGGCGCGCCGCGAGCCAUCUCCAUACGCGCUGACGUGUCCGACUCGGUCCAGGUGAAGUCGCUCUUCGACUCGGCCGAGCGAGCCUUCGACUCGCCGGUCCAUAUCAUGGUCAACUCGGCCGGCGUCCUCGACGGCACCUAUCCCUUCGUGGCCGACACCUCGGUGGAGUCCUUCGACCGCACCUUCGCGGUGAACGCGCGCGGAGCGUUCCUGUGCGCGCGGGAGGCGGCGAAUCGCGUGAAGCGCGGCGGCGGAGGGAGGAUCGUGCUGUUGACGACGUCGGUGGCGGCGUCGCUGAAACAGGGGUACGGCACGUACGCGGCGUGGAAGGCGGCAGUGGAGGCGAUGACGAAGAUUCUGGCGAAGGAGCUGAAAGGGAGUGGGAUAACGGCGAAUUGCGUUGCGCCGGGACCGGUGGCGACGGACAUGUUCUUCGAGGGGAAGACGGAGGAGAUGGUUAAUAUGGCGGUUGAAGAGUGUCCCCUUGGUAGACUCGGUGAGGCCAAAGAUAUUGCUCCUGUCGUUGGUUUCUUGGUCUCUGAUGCCGCUGAAUGGAUCAAUGGCCAAGUCAUUCGUGUCAAUGGUGGCUAUGUUUAGUUAGUUAGGUAUUCAUUGACAUGAUAAGAGCACUAAAACUAUCCCUUUGGAGUUUGCUGUAAGGAUAUGAAUGUUGCAAUUGGUAUUGUUAAUUGUUUUUAUGUCAGUGUUGCUUCGUUUGUUCUGGAAAAUGACUCGAUUGUGUGCCUAGUGGUUCAUUAGUUUUCCGUGUUCAGGAAUUAAUAAAAACACAUUUCUC